CGCAGGGCUGGUGAUUUCGCCUGCCAGUCACAAGCGCGCGUUAUUGGCGGCCCACCAGUUAUCCACCCGUUUGGAACCAACGGGUCUAAUAAGUGCUGUCUGUUUACGGAGCAAACGCUUGCAACUACCUUGCUAGGCGACCUCUCCUAGUCACUCAGCUGCCAUCUUCUGUUUGCUUUCCCAUAUUAUUGUGGUUGUGGACGUAUGACCAUCGCGGAUACUUGCGCGAUUUUGACUCCUCAGAGUCCCUACGCCUUUGUUCACCUCCCCUGAACGCGGACCUCCAUAAUUUGCGGACUGCGCUUGGAUUCGAUAUUCCGCCAUUCGAACUGGACGCAUUUCUCGAUCUAGUAUUCUGUAACGUUGUUCUCUUCUUUGGAUAUGGUCUGAACUGUUCUGAACAUGGUUGGAAUCGGGUCGCGAAUGUCUACCGCAACCCAGAAUUCUGGUGGCCCGGGAAGCCGGCCGUCCAGCAAGGAUGGCAACAAAAAGAAUAUUUGGUCCUCGAUGCUGGAUAAUGUUGCCAGUGGGAAGCGAUUACCGGAGAAGAAUAUUGUGAUUUUAGGAGGCACACCUGAAAGCCAAAGAGAAUUUUUGGAAACACUUUCGUCAGACGCAUCAGAUCCUCAAUUACCGAAUGAAAGAAGAAGGGGCAAGGCGGUGCCUAUUGCCAACGAAUUUGCAUUAGGCUACACAUAUCAGGAUGUUCUCGACGCCGAUCAAGAAGAUAUCCUUGCACGCCUCUCUAUUUACCUGCUAUCCGAUCCCUCACCCACAUUUGCACCUCUUCUACGCCCUCUUCUAACGCCGCAAUCGAUCCCAGAGACAUUAGUCGUGGUGCUGCUUGACUGGUCUUCCCCGUGGACCUGGGUGCGGCAACUGCGUGAAUGGAUUCGCCUUCUACGGUCCGUACUGAUUACAUUGGACGACGAGACAAAAAUUGUGAUGGAAGAAAUUAUGAGCGAAUGGAAAGAUAAGAAAAGAGGGCUUGACCCUUCCACGGCACCAGGUGUGACGAAUUCUGGAGGGCCAGUGACAAUACCCUUAGGACCAGGAGAGUGGGAUGAAGGUUUAGGAAUCCCAUUGUGUGUCGUUUGCCAAGGGGCCAACAAAAUAGAACAGCUGGAAAAGGAGAACGGUUGGAGAGAGGAAGAAUUUGAUUUCAUUCUUCAAUUUAUGAGGACUAUUCUCCUUAAACACGGCGCUUCACUCAUUUACACAACACCUUUCCUUGCAAAUUCUUUACAGAGUUUGAUUCAUUCAACAUUAAGUAUACAUUCACUUUUGAAAAGACAGUCGCUCAAGCACAAUGUAAUCGAUCGUGACAAGAUUCUUGUGCCUGCAAACUGGGACUCGUGGGGUAAGAUUCGUAUCAUCCGAGAAGGGUUUGAUAUUGAGGGUGUCGGCGACGCUUGGUCUAUUGAAGUCCAAGAGUCGUCGUGGUUAGGGAACAGCCCCGCUGGGGGUGAAGGAACUCAGCCUUCGGCGCUUGCAGCUGAAGACGGAACGAGUGCUGUAGUGAUAUACGAGCAAACGAUUAAAGAUCCAAAACAACAUUCAGCAACCUCCGGCAGCAACCCACAUACAGACCGAAACCAGAUUGAGAUUGAGACUCAAGAUAUGCAGAGCUUUUUGAGCCAACAAAAUGAAGUAUUGGAACAACUCAAAGUAGAGGAUGAGAAGGAUCGAGCGGCUAUGAAGAUUCCUAAGCAAUUGGAUAUGUCUCCUGAUCUCGAGGAGUCUGGACGUGUUAAUGAACACAUUGGGCCUGUGCAAUUUAACAUGGGUGGCAUACAAGUCGAUGCCGAUGAUAUGCUCAGGAAGUUAAAGGAACGAGAGGCCAACCGUACUCCAAAGAAGGAGGCUGCCCCAGUUACAGCUGCAGAUGAGAAAGCACACAACCAAGCACUCGCAAACUUCUUUGCUGGACUGGUCAAAAAGCCCGGUGGCAGCCCUCGCAGCAGCCCUGCCCCAGGGUCAUCUAGUUAAGCCUUCAGGUUCGGCUCUCAAAAGUACUAAAUUUGAAUAAUUAUGCUUUGCUGGCUGGAGAAAAACCCCUUCAACUACAGACCCGUUUUAUGCAAAUCUCUCCGGAGUCCUGGAUUUCUAAAUUUGAUGUUAUUAAAAAUUUUUUUGUAGCUAUACUACCCUAUACCAUAUGAUACCCUUCUGAUUAGUAUCAUUUAUCAAAAUUUCGUGUAUACGUUUUGUUAGCGUGUUUUUUUUUUUGAUCUUGAUCACACCAGUUAACCAACCAGACACUAUAUUGAGAAUAAAUUACUGUCUGAACAUAAGAUAGUGAAU